GGGGCACAACUGGCCAACUGGGCCUUAUACCGGGGCUCGUUUCUUUGUCCUCGCUUUCCCCGUCGACUACAACACUUCUUCGCAAUUCGCAUAUCUUCUGCCUCUGCCGCCGCCGCCGCCUCCUCCUUCUUCCCCAGCCGCCUCCGGUCCCGAGCAAUCCCACCGACCCGCGCCAUGGGACGACCAACGGGCGGCGCCUCGGCGUCGAAGAAGCCCAAGGCCAAGUCCAAGCCGAAGCAGCGCGGCGGCGUCGACUUCAAGAAGUACAAACACAAGGUAGGGCGCAAGCUCCCGCCGCCGAAGAACGCCACCAACACGGAAAUCAAGUCCAAAAUGAUCGUGCUGCCGGAGCAGACCAUGGCGUCGGAGAGGGCGGGCAUGGCGGUGAACAAGCGCGGGCUCACGCUGCGGGAGCUCCUGCAGCAGACGGUGCACUACAAUCCCAAAGUGCGGCGAGCUGCAAUGAAUGGAAUAAAGGAUCUUGUCACCAAGCAUCCAGCGGAGCUUAAACUGCACAAGGUUGCUAUGAUUGAGAAGCUGCAGGAACGGAUAUGUGACAGUGACAAGGUGGUUCGUGACUCGUUGUACAGUUUACUGCAGUCUCUUGUAUUCCCAUCCUUGAAGGAGGACAAUGCAAUGUCUACCCGCAGUACACUAUCUCUGUUGAUGGCAAAUGUUUUGAAUGGAAUGACACACCUAUCUAUGGAUAUCCAGUUAAUGGCUUUCAGGUUUUUGGAGCUCGUGGUCCUCAAUUUCCCAUCCUCUUUUCCCAGAUAUGCUGAACAGGCUUUCAAUAACUUCGUUGCUGUACUGAGCAACGACAGAAUCCAUCUGCAGGAUAAGAGUAAACUUAACAGUAUCCUUGCCGGGCUUGCCCACUGUCUUUCCUUGGUUGCUCGUGUGACGGAAAAUGAUGAUGCAUCAAAUCGACUGGUUCAGAACCGCCCUAUGGGAGAACUUUGGAAACCUACUCUUGACGAAGAUAACCCUGGAAGUGGAGCAUUUGCGACAUCUGAUGUACUAAUGAAACUUCAGAACCUCAUCCGAAUUCUCGUUAAUUCAAUAGAGGUUUCAGCUUCAGAAAUCUGUGCAAAGCCAGCUAAUGAUGCUCAGUCAAGUGAAGCGUUAUUAUCAGCCCUUCAUUGUCUGCAUCUAAUAUGUACAACAUUUAUUCACGAGGCAAAGAAAUCUCAGAUGGAAUUUGGUAGAUCAAAAACUCAGUUUGGGUCUGAUUGGCUGAAUAGUUCUGUGUUGGUAUAUCUAAAGAAAUUAUGGGGAGUGAAACGCUUGUUUCAUGAGAAGGGAGAUGACAGAUUUUUCGUCUUCAAUCUGAAAAUUGCUGAACUCUUUUUGUGCUUGAGCACAUGUGUGGACGAUACAAUGUUUCCAGCUGAGGAGUUAUGCCAGUUUGUAUCUUCUUUAUUUGCAAAGUCAAAAGUACUUCGCAACAAGGAUCUCAUGGAAACGCAUUUGAGUCCACUUAUAACUUGUAUACCGGGUCUUAUAGCCAGUUGUGCAGAUGACUCAAAAGGAUAUUUGUUGGAGGCAUUUACAGAUGCAUUUAGAGAUUCCAAGGUGGAUUGCAAGCUAAUGUUGCCAUAUUUGGAUGCAGUGCGAGAAAUGCUACUUCCUGAGAAAUCAGGGAUAUGGUUUACUGAAAUUGAUUUAGGCUUAUCGGAAUAUCGUAGCGCUUGGAUAAGCGAGCUUCCUAGAAUAUUACUACAAUCAAUUGAUAAAGCUCCCUCAGUUACAAAGGUUGUUUUGGAGCUUCUCCUAAAAAUCGGACAGUAUUUCCCUACAACUGAGUUUGGAAACCUGCGCCCCUUCAUACAGUUAUUUGGUACUAAAUCAUCAUCUGGAACGGUAGAGGUUGGGCCUUUUGUUAGCCUUCCACAUGAUUGCCAAGAACUUGUCAUUUCAUGCCUUUAUUACUUCUCCAGUCUGCUCCCUGACACAAUCGAGCCAUUGGCCUGUUGUUGCUUAAGUGAUAAGCUGGAGUCCCUCAUGUUAAUUAGGAUUAUUGAAGUUCUACAAUCAACAUACAAGGCUGGGAAUCUACAGAUAACAGAGCAACUCAGUUUCUUGUCAUUAUUAAUGGCACGAUUUAAUGUUAAUUGUGGUAUGUCCUGUACUCUGGAGGAUGCCGAAAAGGUCUCAAAUUGGAAGACUUUCAAGACCUUGAAUCACUUAAUUUUGACUUACUUAUCUGAGAUGGGUGAUGGCUCCCUGGUCCUUGAAUUGAUGUGGAAUAAUUUAUCUAAUGAGAUUGCACGAAAACCAUCAUUGCAUAACAUGAAUGGUCUGUUUAGAAUUAUUGUUACACUCGAUGCAGCAACAAAUAAGCUCAUGAAUGAAGAUUUCAUUAAGCUUAUAGCUGGCUACUUGGUCGACGCUGCUCUGGAUUUGUCAAAAACAAAUGAAGUGGGCUUUCAAUCUGACAAGACAAGAUUAUUUCAAUACUUCAUAAAGCCCUGCAUAAUCAUUUUUGAGCAGAAUGACAAGGUUCUCUGCUGCACAUUGGAGAUGCUUAAAUCUUUCGCAGCAGAUGAGCAUAGAUUUUCAUCUGUCUCCGGUUUAGAUUACCCAAGGGAGCUUUCACAACGAGUUUGUGUUGUCACAACCAUACUGGUCUUCUUAUUCAAUGAUCGGAGGCUCCAUCCAAAUCUUUCUUUGAGUAAAACGGCUAUCAAAGGCAUCCUGCAUUGUAUAAGGCAUCAGCUGGAUUCUAAUUUGCCUGAUGUAACAUAUGGACAAAAGCAGAAAUUAAAAUUUGCAUUUGAGCAAAUCAAGACCAAAGCAUUGCAGUUGAACUGUUGGGAUAGAAGUGAGCUUGAAGGGAUUUCAAGCACCACAUAACGUCAUGCACAGCCAUCUGAUGACUUCAUAUGUUCUGAUAAUGGAUAGAGGGCCCAUGGAAGAGGGUGGGCUGGGGAAUGUGCACCAUUUUUCGUUUUAAGAGUCACAUUGCAGAGGUGGGCCCUACAUCUGUAGCAUAGCUGUUACCAGCAGUCUACUGAAGGUUGUUACUUACCGAUAAAGGUGGUCAGAAAAGGUGCACGGUUGAUGCUUCUGGUGCUAUGGGAACUGCCAGUCAAAGACUUCCAGCGAAGUACAGUUCAAAUUGUUCUGACUUUAGUUAUUAGUAGUAGUACGAUAGAAGUUGCGACUUUGUGAUGCCUUGAAAUUGUUUGUCGUGUACUAUUCUACCCAAACUGAUUGCGCCAAAAUCUGUGUGAUGUGAUCACUACAUAGAUGUUAGGUUGGUCUUGUCUGCCAUGUAAAUGCAGAAAUUUUGAUCUCAGUUUUUCUGAUCCUAUUUUGUUGCAUUUUUA